GUCGUCGUCGUUGUUGUAGUCGUCGUCGUAGUCAUAGUUGUUGUACUACAAUACACAGUCAGAGACCAGACUUUGUCUUUUGAUAUUUGCGUGGUUCGCUGAAUCGGAAGGUACCAGAAGCAGAUAGGCGUAUUAGUCAGGCGCAGACAGAACAAGGCAACAACGUACCUCAUUUUAAUUCCCGCUACAGUUACAACAAAUUGGCGACGCGGUUUACUUUAAUUCAUUGCAGUUAUAACAAUUGGCGACGGGGUUUUACUUUAAUUCAUUGCAGUUAUAACAAGCAAGCGACGACGAGUUUUAUUCUGUUCAGCGCAUCUAUAGAACAUUUUUGACUGUGUUAAUUACAACCCAAUUACAAUGUCUAUCUCUCUCUGGACGAUCUCAAAUCCAUCUUGCAGCAGCAGCAACUUCAGAAUGAAGCAGCUCAACUUAAAUUAAUCGAAGCUCUCACUCAGAAGCUGUCAAUUCAAGUUCCAUCAACAUCUCAUUCAGACAAAUACGAAAGCAUCUCAAAUUCCAUCAGUGAAUUCAACUACGACCCAAUAUCUGGUCUCGUAUUUGAUGCUUGGUUCAAUCGUUAUGAAGACGUUUUUCGUAUUGAAUGCCACAUGUUUGAUGAUGCUGCCAAAGUCCGAUUGUUACUACGAAAACUUGGUACUGUUGAGCACAACAGAUAUGUUAACUUCAUUCUGCCUAAGAACCCACGUGAAUUCUCAUUCGAUGAGACAGUCACCGUUUUAUCACAAAUCUUUGGUGAACAGUCAUCCAUGUUUAAUAUUCGGUAUCAAUGUUUUCAGUUGACAAAAAUGCCUUCCGAUGAUUAUGUCACUUACGCUGGCAAAGUGAACAAAGAAUGCGAAAGGUUCAAACCACACGAAAUGACAUCAGAUCAGUUCAAGUGUUUGACUUUUAUUUGUGGGUUGAAGAACCCUGAAGAUACUGACAUAAGAACUCGACUUCUGUCACUCGUGGAACAAGACCCAAAAAUGACUUUACAAAUGGUGACAGCAGAAUGUCAACGCUUAAUCAACUUGAAGCACGAUACUGCUAUGGUGGAGUGCAAACGACAGUCGUCUGAAUUUUGUUCAAUUAACACAGUGAAAAGUCCUCCGAUCACCGUUAAGCACACAGCACGUCAGUCUCGGAAUUCAGCUAAACCUCCUUCAGUGUGCUGGUACUGUGGUUCGUGGCAUUUUGUCAAGUUCUGUCCUUUCAAGAAACAUAAAUGCCGUAAUUGUCACCGUUUUGGACAUAAAGAGGGUUACUGUACACCACAGAAAAAUUCUUCGGUGAAGAACAGAAGUCGUCAUUUCAAGCCGAAACAAUCUUCUCGAAUACAGACCGUUUUCACAACUUCCAAAGUCAAUUUCGCCAGCAAACGUAAGUACAUUACACUACGUAUUAACGGCAAAUCUAUUCGUCUUCAGUUGGAUACGGCAUCAGAUAUCACUUUAAUUUCCCGAACUACGUGGCGCAAACUUGGGUGCCCACAGAUUCUGCCAACCGAGCAUGUCGCAAAGAAUGCCUCAGGAGACAUACUGAAACUCGCGGGUGAGAUAAAUUGCCAGGUUUUAUUUGGUGAGCAACAAUUCAAUGGUGUAUGUUAUGUCACAAACUACCAUGAUUUGAAUUUGCUUGGUCUUGACUGGUUAGACAAGCUCCAUUUCUUCAAUGUACCGUUAAAUUCAGUAUGCUCUAAUGUUUCGUCCUCACCAAAGAACGUUGUUCCCGGACAUGUAUCUGAUCAGUCUCUCUUGCAACGCCUGCGUGCUUAUGCAAAACCGAAGGGGGAGGGAACAACAGAAGAAAUUUUGGAUAGAUCCUUGCUACGUUAUCAUCGUACGACGCCAAAUCCUUCCACAGCCGAAAGCCCGGGACGCAGAUCACAAUCUAUCCAGUACGCGAAAGUCAACUCGACAAAGAAGAGCUCCAAAACCUUUUCAGAUAGGUUCAAAAAGCAAGUCCUACACUUUUAACGGGGGGAGGUGAUAGGAUCCCACACACUUUGUUAUUGUUCAAUUAUCUUAGCGACUGUUAAUCUCGUAUAUGUUGUAUAUUAUCAUUUCUCACGCAUAUUGUUAUUGUUCAAUUAUCUUAACGACUGUUAAUCUCGUAUAAGUUGUAUAUCAUCAAUUCUCACACACUUUGUUAUUGUCAAUUAUCUUAAUGACUGUUAAUCUCGCAUAUGUGUUAUAUUAUCAUUUCCCAGGCACUUUGUUAUUGUUCAGUUAUCUUAAUGACUGUUAAUCUCGCAUAUGUGGUAUAUCAUCAUUCCCACGCAUUUUGUUAUUG